UCCCUAUCCCUGUGUUCAGGCAGGGUUGCAGAGACUUCCACAAUAGAUAACUAAUGGGUCUGGUAUCAGCUGGGGCUAAUUCCCUAAGCAGGAAGGAGAAGCUGCAUGAGAAGGUCUUCAGGCUCUCAGAUUGUGGAGUGUUGGGUAAAGGCUUCCUGAGACAACAGAGGCUUGGCUGGCUAUGGUCACAGACAGCUUCACUGGGGUUAGUUUUUAUUUUGUGUAUUCUCUGGUGGUGAGAAGCCUUUUAUUUUGCAUUGGGCUAUAGGCACAAACAAGCUUGAGUCCUCCUGCAGCAGCAUAGUAAUCACAGGGUAAUCAGUUACAGCUGCAGACCCAGGCAAACUGGCCACUCUGUGUUAACAAACUAUAUUCCCUCACAUGUUUUUCUCCUCCAUUUCCACACACAACUCUACCAUUCUCCUCCAGUUCUGGGCUUCUCUUGAGCAGGGACUACUACUCAUUGUGGUGUAUCAAAAUGUCCCCUGGGGUUUAGGUAAACUGAGAGCCUUUCUCCCCUGAAUCUCAGCUAUCACACAUUGUGAUUUUUUAGGUUCAAAGUAGCUCAAUUAAAUUUGAUCCCUGCUUUGCAUUCUCACAUUCCUGUGGGUUCUGCUCAAAAGCAGAAGAGUCAAAAUACUGCAAAGGGGGUGGUUCUGGCUGCAUUUCUGGCUGGCUGGAAAUACUAGAAAACUCAUGAGGGAUUCUUCUUAGCUUCCCAGCCUGGUUCUACAGACGGAAAAGGCAGAGAGUCCUUUGGAGCUAAGACCACAGGGUUUUGGUUUUACUCUCUGUGGAGGCUGGGUUGCCAGUAGUUGCAAUGAUUCCACAACUGCCACAAGUCACUUCUCCGCCAAGCCAAACCCCGUGGGAACAGAGUAGCUCAGGCUUGGACUAGAUUCUGAGGGAAGAGGAAUGGUAGAGCCCCGGGGCUGCUGCAGUGUUGAGCCUGGGAGUGAAGCUUCUAUCUGGGGAGAGCUAGCGUCAAGAGCACAAACAACAAGGGGGCAGGAUCCAGAGGAUUUAACUACAGAGGAGGAAGUUCCAAGAACAAGCCACAGAUACAACAGGGCCUGCCCCCUUACCAUCAGUGCAGACAUGACCAGUAUCUAUCAUGGCUGUUGGAGGCGUCCAGGUUUGGAGUCAGCUGGCAGCAAAGAGCUUCCUUCCUGCUGGGUCCCUGAAGCUCCCACCAGUGGCUCUGGCGACGCCUUGUGAAAGCACUCCCUGAGUGGCCUCCAGCCUGUGCAGCUGUUGCAUCUCCGAACCUGCUUCUGCAAUGGGUGGGUUGUGAGCGCUGGUAAUGAGGAGCUGUGGGUCCAGUCAGUCUUGGAGAUGCCGAAGAGAAGAGACAUCCUGGCUAUCGUGCUGAUAGUUCUGCCCUGGACGCUGUUAAUCACCGUCUGGCACCAGAGCACCAUUGCUCCGCUGCUUGCAGUGCACAAGGAUGAUGGUGGCGACUCCAGGCGUGAUCUGGCCCAAGGCUCAGACUCCAAGGAGUACUGCCUGUCAGACCGUGACAUUGUGGAGGUGGUGAGGACAGAGUACGUUUACACCCGCCCACCCCCAUGGUCGGACACCCUCCCCACCAUCCACAUCAUCACCCCCACCUACAGUCGGCCGGUGCAAAAGGCGGAACUGACACGUCUGGCCAACACCCUCUUGCAUGUGCCCAACCUGCACUGGAUCCUGGUGGAGGACUCGCAGCGGCGCACUCCUCUUGUCACCCGGCUACUGCGGGACACGGGGCUGAACUACACCCACCUCAAUGUGGAGACACCCCGCAACUACAAGUUGCGGGGAGACAUGAGGGACCCCCGGAUCCCCCGCGGGACCAUGCAGAGGAACCUGGCCCUGCGGUGGCUGAGAGAGACCUUUAACAAAAACAGCAGCCAACCUGGGAUUGUUUACUUCGCCGACGAUGAUAACACCUACAGCCUGGAGCUCUUUGAGGAGAUGCGCACCACCAGGAAGGUGUCGGUGUGGCCGGUGGCCUUUGUGGGCGGCUUGCGUUACGAGUCACCCAAGGUGAAUGCAGCGGGGAAGGUGUAUGGCUGGAAGACUGUUUUUGACCCCCACCGCCCGUUUGCCAUUGACAUGGCGGGCUUUGCUGUGAACCUCAGGCUGAUACUUCAGCGAUCUCAGGCUUACUUCAAACUGCGCGGAGUGAAGGGUGGUUACCAAGAGAGCAGCCUUCUCCGGGAACUAGUGACCUUGAAUGACCUUGAGCCGAAAGCUGCCAAUUGCACUAAGGUAUGGACUCCUUCUGGUAUGUGGAACAUAAGGACCCACGCUCCUGCAUCUAUCACUAAUCACAAUUGUAAGGAGAUGCAGGAACUUGAAAAGGGAGCAUAGGGGUUGUCAUAUGGGAUUAGUCCUAUAGUCUAACCAGGCCGGUAUCCUAUCUCCCAUCCCUCAGGGUUAGCCCAAUGCCCAUCCAGUCCAGUAUCCUGUCUCAUACAGCUGUUGGUACCAGAUGCUUCAACCAUCCCCACCCCCCAAUAAAUGGGCAGUUAUGAAGUAAAAUGCAUAGUGGGGAAGUUUCAUCUUAACCCCAGGCUGGCUUCUGCCCUGGAGUAUGAGGGUUUAUCCCCUCUAUGAAUGUCUCUGCUAGUUCUGGUUAUUCUACAUGACAUCCUUACUGUUUACAUGAAUGUCUAAUACUUUUUUGGUUUCAAUAAUGUUCUGUGACAGUGAGUUCUGCAGAUGAAUUAGGCAUUGUGUGAAAGAGCAUUUCCUAUAUGAAAUGUGCUGCCUUGCCGUUUCAUUUUCAUGUAUAAUAGUGAACACCAAAGUGAAUUUGCAGCUAUGCUCCUGCUUUUCAAAAGACGUUACAGGAAAACAUGGAUUUUAGAGGGGUGAGGAGGAAAAUAAUAAUGUCCUGCAUUAUUGUUGGGAGGCAGACAGGCAUCCAUGUGGGGUAUGGUGGCAGAGAGGUGGUCCAGGGCAGAGCUGAAGCAGUAUGAAGCAAAUCGAGUUGACUGAGACAUUGGCAUCAGACAGUCCAUCUGCUCUGCUCACCCUCUCUGCUGCUCUGGGCAGAACUGAAUGUGUGCUGCUCUGCCUAACAAGAACAUGACAAUGUGUCCUAAGAGUGGAGGGAAGUGAGAUCUAAUGCUGGUGUGAAUGAGGGGAGGAGGCAUGUUGUGUAGAACACACUCCAGAUUGAUUCCCUCUUAGAAGGGUAAAUGGACAGACAGGAUGCAGCAGGCAAGGGAAUCCAGUGUCAGGAAAAAGCUUCCUUGCAAAUACUUAGAACCUGAAGCUGGUGCAGCACUGGCUACGUGGCCUCUAGAAAUACACACAGAAGAGCAGCUUUUGAUGUGAAGGUAGCUGUCACAGUAAGGCAUUGUGCUGGAAAGCUGGGGUGAGAGCAAGGCCAGCUGCGAUGGGACAUGCUGUCAGGACUUUGUUUCCAGACAAGGGGGAGAUUUUGUUCCUUGAGUCAGACAGGAGGCAACUUCUGUGCUGUGGAUUAGGAAUUGAAGAGGUGGCAGCAGGAGGUGCUGGUUGAGAUUAGGAGCUGGCUGUUUUCUCUGUGACGGGGCAGUGGAGAUAUCACAGGGACUCAGUUUUGAGCUGGAGACAGUGUGAUCCUGACCAACUCUCAGCACUUUGGGUGUCCUGCUUUGCCUUUCUGCUUCCAGCUGCCACCAGCCUCCCCUUCAGCAAUUAUCACAUCACUCAUCUGCCCAGCGUGAGGUAAACAGAAACCAAAUUCAACAGAGGCAGAGCUCAGAGAAUUCAAACCAAUGAACUCCCUACACAACAAGUGAGGGCACGAUAGCAGAGAGAGCCUCCCCUUCUAAACACUGGAGCUGAGCAGUUUGUAUGCUAUGCAGGGGCAUUGCCUGCAGAGUGAUUAUGGCAGGGUUUAGGGUAGCUAAGAAGGGGCAAUGCAUGCCUAGAAACUUUACCUUGUUAAUGGAAACGGCUCUGCGGUGACCUCUUGCAGGGGUGGGUGGAAGGAGAGUAAUUUAAGCUGUGCUGAGACUCUCAGUAUCACUGCUAGUGGUUGUAGGCUUGUUCAGAAUCCAGCCCUGAGAGGAAUGAUGGUUCAGGGAUGAGGGCACCAGCCUGUGACACCAGAGAUCUGGGCUCCAUUGCCUGCUCUGCCACAGACUUCCUGUGGGACCUUGGGAAACUGAGGCGCACACUAAGGCCACGAUCCUCAAAGGUCUUUAGGUGCCCAACUGCCACUGAUUUUAUCCCCUUCACUUUCCAUCUGUAAAAUGGUACUUUUCUCCGCUGCACAGAGGUGUUGAGGAUAAAUACACUAAAGAUUGCGAUUCUCUCAGAUAUGAUGGUUAUUGGGGGCUAGAUAGGUAGACAGCCCUUUACCAGAUGCCUCCUUAGCCGUCCCCUGUGUGCUGCGCUGGUAUUAAUUUUUAUCACUCUCAUCAGACUCUCACACAGACUGAAGUGCCUGCAAAAAGCUUAUUUACCGGCCAAUAAGUAAGUCCUGUGUUGCUCUCCUUGGCUUAAUACCUGCCUGAAAGAGGGGGAAUGAAAGGAGGAAGAUCUUCACUGUGGGCACUGCAGGAAUUUCUAGACAAAAGGAGGCAGGCAGCCUUGAAAUCCCUGCCAGGAGCUGCAAAUGCUGAGAGGAAAACAUGAGAAGAGAGAGCUUUCUCCAUGGAGAUGCGGGGAGAUGUGCUUCGCUGAGAGGGGCAGACUUUUGUUUUGAAUGGUCUGGGUAGCAAUUUAUCAGCCACAUUUAAUUAAGUAUCUAUAGCGGCUGCAGUUAAGCACCCGCCUUCUGCCCCUACUCCUGUCUCUCGGCUGCAUUAUGCACCGGGCUCCAAUCUCAGACUAAAUUUGUGAGUUUGAAACUGUGUGGGUGAUGUGGGUGAAGGAAGCCAGCCUGCUGCCUAGUGUUGGACAGGGAUGUUUUGCUGCUGCUGAGGGUAUCAGAGAAAGGCAGAGUAUUUGUGGACAGAGAGAGCUAGUAUGAGAUACCACAGUAAGUGUGAUCAGCUACCAUCAAGGCUACAGGCUAAGGAUGGAGUUGAUGGGGAAGAGUGGUGCUUUCUCACUAGCAUCUGUGGAAGAAGAACACUGCAGCUGUUGCAGGAUUUUGCACUAGCUCUGUGAAGAGAAAUAAAUCCCUUCCCUAGAUAAGAUGGAGAAUCUAUGAACCCUGGUUCUCACCAUGUAUUUUCCAAGAUGCAGAAAGGAACUGGCUCCUUUUUUUGGUCAUAGAUCUCAUGUAGCUCAAACUGGCCCUAGGACAGAACGAUUCCAGCAUGAUUCCACUGAUGAAAGCAGGAGGCAAGAGGGGCUCCUGGGGAAUAGCUUGCUUCCUUUCUUGUCAGAUUUCCUGUGAUAAGUGUGUGUGCUGAAUGCAGUGCAGAUGGAGGGGGAGA